AAAAUAAUGAUUUGGAGCAUCAGCCAACCAGAGGCAAAGGCAGAGAGGCUAACUGGCUAAGGCCAUCAGACAAUCAGGCAGCCGCAGCCGCAGCCGCAGCAGCAGCAGCAGCAGCGGCUUAGAUUUCAGAAAGACAUGCUUAUAUUAUUAUACAACAACGUCAGUACCGGAGUACAACAUUAAACACGUUAGAUUCAAAGUUGAAAGCCACAUGUAUACGCGCGCAUGCCAUUCUCUCUCCAGAGAAUUUUGAAGGACGAGAUCUAUCUUCAUUGUAAUACUCUGCAUAAUCUUUUCCAGGUCUUGAAUAUGUUUCUUUGUAUCCAUUAGUUGAUGAAUUGGAUUUGACAGGGUUCCUUUGGCCUUCAAGUCAAUGGUUUACUUUGUGGAUUUGAUCACUGCCUACAAUUAAAAAGAAACAGUUACUGGCUGAAUGUUUUUAGUUGUCUAAAGAAGCAAAUAUCAUGGAAAUACCCAGUUACUCUAUUGAAAGAAGUAGCGUAGCAGAAUCUUGUCCUUGAGAUGUGACUUCUUGUUUCUGCUUUUGGAGGAAGAGAAUUUUUCUUUUCCAUAGAGAUGUAGACUUUAUGUGACCGUUUUAGGUGAUCAUAACUUAAUUGAAACUUAAACUUUGAAUGCAUCUUUUAUUCCUUUUAAUGCACCGGUAUCUCAUGUUUGCUCAACACAAUGAAGCCUUAAAUUGUAAUCCUUGUAUCUAAGAUUAGUUCGAUCAGUUUCCAUCAUCAAAAUUCAUCUUUAGAGUCGUGCCAUAUUGCAUUUGUCAAUUUCAUAGGUGGAUGAAGGUUGGGCUGCCAUCUAAAACCAUGAAUCACAAUAGUAUAAUAUCUGCCAAACAAAGUGAUGCUACCAGAGGAGUCGCACAGUCAUAUUAUGGUACCCUCUCCCUGGUACAUAAUUUUUUGACUGUGGAAUCAGAAGGCAAAAGUUUAUCGGCUAGUGAGUGUUCAUCUUCACGUCCAUCACCUUUCAUACGAACAGAAUCUCUUAAUUCUACUCAUACACAAGGAUCUAGUGUCCAACCUCAAAAGUAUUUUUUAAAAUCUGGACCAAAUAGUCCUCUGUCUCCUGGUUCUCAUGUCCAAAAUUCUAGGAGCUCAUUUUCGCGUUCAUCCGUGUUCUGUACCAGUUUAUACCAGUCUUCUUCAUCAAGCUCUGAAGCCCAUUGGCAGCUUGGAAAUAUGCCUUUUCUUCCACAUCCUCCAUCCUACAACCAGUCCAUUUCUGCUGUUGAUUCAACAAAAGCUCCGUUGCUUUUCAGUGAGGAUAUAGACAAUCAAUAUGAUGAGGAGCAUUCAGAGGCUCUUAUGAGAGACUUUCUUAAUUUUCCUGGAGAUGCUUCUGAGAGUAGCCUUCAUGGUGUAAAUUGUGCAAGUGACGGUCUAGAAUAUACAGAGCAACUAGAUCUACAGUUUUUAUCUGAUGAACUUGACAUAGCCAUCACUGACCAUGGAGAAAAUCCCAGGCUUGAUGAAAUUUAUGAAACACCUCAAGCUUCAUCAAAACCAGCCAUAGGAUUGACAUGCAAUCAGAAUUGUCUCUCUGUGGUGCCAACUCUUGAUGAUCUUUCAAGUCAGCCAUCUCCUGGAUCAGCCACUGUGCACAAGCCAAGAAUGAGAUGGACGCCUGAGCUCCACGAGUCUUUUGUGGAGGCCGUGACCAAGCUUGAUGGGGCUGAAAAGGCUACUCCAAAGGGUGUAUUAAAGCUUAUGAAUGUCGAAGGUUUGACCAUCUAUCAUGUGAAAAGUCACUUACAGAAAUACCGACUUGCCAAGUAUAUGCCAGAGAAAAAAGAAGAGAAGGCGGCUUCUGGCUCUGAAGAAAAGAAAGCAGCCUCAACUAGCAAUGAAAGUGAUGGACGUAGAAAAGGGAGCAUUCAAAUCACUGAGGCUCUUCGCAUGCAAAUGGAAGUUCAGAAACAGCUGCAUGAACAGCUUGAGGUUCAAAGGGCCCUCCAGCUACGGAUAGAAGAACAUGCAAGGUACUUGCAAAAGAUCUUGGAUGAACAACAGAAGGCUGGCAUUGCUUUAAUCUCUCCUCAAACCUUGUCAUCACUGACUAAUCCAUGCGAAGAUCCGGAACUGCGGCCUUCUUCUCUGUCAGCUGGUGCGUCACCCCCACGUCCAGCUGAGUCUAAAACUGAUUCAUCUUCACCUCUACCAUCCAAGAAUAAAGCUAGCGAUGGUAGUGAUUUGAUGCCACAAUUGCACUCAAAAAGGCUCUGUCCGGAAGAGAAACAAGAAUCAGGUUCAGAAAAGACCACAGUUGUAGAUGCUGUGCCCCCCCCAAAAUGGCCUUAGCUGUUUUAAAUCUGUGAAUCCCAUGUAAACUUGUGACUGAAAUGAGAUUUGGUUGAUUUGUAUCUCAUAGACAUUUUUAGAUUUGGUUGAUUUGCAUCUCUUAGACAUUUUUACUGUUUUGGAAGGAAGGGAAAAUUAAUCUUUUUUGC